CACUCUAUCAACGUUCUUCAUUCGUUCGUACGCUUUGAGCCUGUUUGCCGCGUUUGUGUUGUGUGCCGUGUGGUUUAGCCGUCGCUGCAACAGCUGUCAACGCUAUUAUCGCCACCCGUGGAUAUUUGUUUUACGCCGUUACCAAUUUUUCUGUCUUCUUGACCGGCGCACAGAAAUCACCGACUUCAAUUCUGUUUUGAAAGCGAAAGAGAAUGGUCACAAAAUUCUAGCAGCAAUUAGCAACAAAAAGUGUUCGUUAAUCAGCUAGCAAAAAUAUAACUAGUGUACGCGACGUGCCAAAAAAAAAAAAAAUUCCAACGCAUUCUAAAGGCGAUCGUUAAUAACUCGGUUUAAUUUACAUAUAUUAACAAAAUCUACUUGAAUUCUUUGCGACUUUGGAAAGUCGCGAGUUUCAUUCCAACACGCAACCAGCAACGCAACGAACAUUGCGCUCUACAAAAAAAAAAUAUACAAAAACCGCGAUAAGAAAUAACAAUUAUCCUGUUUCCGCGCAGAUAUAAAAAUUAGAAUCAAGUGAACUAAACCAAAAGGAUUUCAGUGUGCAAACAUAUGCAGCAGUUAAAAGCCCGAACAAUAGUGACUAAAAUUCAAAACCGAACAUUCUAGCAAUAACUGCAAAUGCGAAAUAUAUUUUCGCUGAUUUUCCAGCAAUAAAAAAAUACACAAAAUCCGUUAAUAGCUCAUAAGAGUACUGGAAUUUUUUUGGCACUGAGCUACAUUUUAAACAAUUUAUGUCGCCUUGCGAUUUCUCAGCACAGAAAAAGGACUCGUCUCAUCAAUUGUGUAAAGACUUUUUGUGAGAUACUGUAAUAAAAGUGUACUGGCGCAAAAUAAAGUGUAUUUUUUUUUGUUUUCGGUAAAUGAAAGAAACUCAACCUGCAUAGGUACAUACAUUGUGAAAAGCGUAAGGUGCAUAAUUUUGGUGAAUAUAUUCAGCGAUAACUUUUCCUGAACGACAGAUCUAGCUAGUUAGCCGGAAAAGCCACACAAAAAAAAAAUACAAAAAGCUGUGAGCAAUUGCUGUCAUGCAUAGAGUUCAAAACAAUACCAAAUCAUUAAUUAUCAGGAAAAUUCGCAAUUUUUCAAACAACAAACAGAAGAAGAAACGCAGUGCAAACAUACUCUUAUUCAUUAAUUUGUGUACCGAUGUUUGUGGGAAAAGCAUACAAGUGAGAAAACAAAUAAAAUCAAAAAACGCGAGUGACUUAACAAUUUUCAAACAACACCCAAGAACAUUUCCUGCAACAAGUCCGUUCGAAAACGUUGUUGUUUUAUCUGCUUCAAGCCCUGAGUGAGAGAACUUAAGUAGCUUAAAAAGCAAAAUAACUUGGAAUAUAUAAAACUACGAUAAAUAGUUGAAGAAAGGAAAGAAAAAAAAAACGGAAAAAGAACCGCUACCAACAAGCUGAAGUUCUAAUCCAUGAUCAGGAAUUGCAAAUUCCAAUAGAAGGAGCAAUUCGAGCAAAGGAACCGCAAUUCGCUAGACAAGAGAGAAUCUAGUAUACUUAUUGCUGCAUAUACUACAUACGCUCAGACUUGCAGUGCGUCAGAAAAGGCUAAAGUGACACUGUACGGGAUCAGAGUGUUUAAUCACUUCCCGUCGUCCAAUCAGUACGUACUGUUUGUUUUUUUUUUUUAACUUGUUAUCCCUGACGAGUGCAGAAAGGCGCAAAAAAAAAACGUUUCGGACUUUAAUAAGUGUACCUAUUAAUAAAAAAUAAAUAAAUAGAAGUACACUUCCGCAAAAAUUUUUAUUUCGAAAUUUUUUAAAAUAUAACAAGGCAUUGAAGUUGAAGUGAAUUUUCUAUAUUUUCAAUCCUCAUUGACAAGGUGGAUAAGGCUUGAAAAAAAGCUAAAAGUUGCAAGAAAUUAAAUCAACAUCCACUACUAUAAACUUGCAUUCUACAGCAAACGAAAGGAGAGCCGCCCAAUCCUUGGAAUUGAAUAAAAGCUCUCACACUUACAACGCUCGAAAUCGAAAGUUUUCAACUGCAAAAGUGUUUUCGCAAAGCACCAAAAUUCUGCCGCAACGAGUACAAGAAGAAACAAAUUGCGAUACAAUUUUUGAUUUUGAACCACUAGAAAGCGAAUCAAAUAUGGCUAAAAUUUACAACACAUUCAGCUCAUCGCCCAUCUUGGGUAGUAGCUAUCUCGAGGAUUACUCCCUAAUCCGGCCGGAUCCCAGUGAAUUGUUCGAGGAUCUGAUGGGCGGAUGGGGUAGCACCAUCUGGGGUGACAUACAAAAAAUGGACAGCGGCAAUGAUUUGCCCAUAAGCGGCGCACCCGAUUACGGUGCCGUCAAGACCGAGAUCCGCAAUAGCGAUUGCAUGUGGUCUGGACAAUCCCAGACGGAACUGAGCACAUCAGCCUCAUCGACAGGCAGCGAUUUGGCAGUAACACGCGCUGUACCACUGGCUGCUGUCACCGCCAAGCCAGCGCAGCUACCAGCGCCAACUGUGGUUGUAGCCAACAAUAACAAAAGCAAAAUGCAACAAGCCAUUCUAAUGUCACAGCCACAACAAUAUGUUGAAAUUAAGACCGAAAUAAAGGUGGAACCAACCGAUGACUAUGAGAACCAAUUGCAACAACAUAGCAUACCAAAUGUGCGCAACACCAACACCACCACCGUUAUCGCUGCCACCACCAGCAGCACCACACAACCACAACAGUUGCAGCAGUCGUCGUCGUCGUCGGUGCAAAGUAUGCAACAUAUACCGCCUGGUACCUCGCUGCUGCGCAAAUCUAAUGCACCGCAACAACAAAUACAACAACAGCAACGCAAAUUGCAAAAACAUCAACAGCUGCAACAAAAGCUCUCCACAUUGCAUUUAACGUGCAACAGCAACAACAACAAUGCCAGCAAGUCGGGUGGUCAACAAAGCAACAGCGUAGUAGCAGCUUUUGAUACAAUGACGUACGAGCUGCCAGACACUCCCCCCUCACUCGACGACGAGGCCACCGACUUCAAGCAAACGAACAUCGAUUUGCGCGCCUGCAUGAUGGGCAGUAAUAAUAUAUCGUUGAAUGCCGGCAUUAUCGAUAACAUCAGCAAAGAGCUACAGGAUACGAGUAAGGAUAAGAUCAAUACACGUCUAACCUCCGAUCAUCCUGACAUACACGAAGUGCUCGAUGUGAUAAUGCGCGACGAAAACAAGUCAAUGUACACGAGCAAAAUGAAUACAAUUUCAGAUUGUGAAUCCGAUGAAGACGAAGAGAGCACAGCAAAUUCCGGUUAUGGCUCAGCGUCGUCAAUACUCGAUGGUGAGCUUUCGUACGGACGCACAUCGCCGGUAUCCAGUCAAGCAUCCAGCCAAACGAGUAUGAGUCAUCAUGCCACACAAGCGCACUGUCACAGCGAUCACAGUUACACACGCUGCAAAGAGGGUAUCGAUGAUCUGUCGAACUCAGCGUACACACCUUCCGAUUCUGAUGAAGAAAUCGAUGUUGUAUCAGUCAGUGACAAGAAGCUACCCACAAAUCCUUCGGAUCGUGAUCGUCGCGCCAUCGAACACAAAGUCGGCUAUAGGUUCUCAACAGCGCGAAUUGUCAAGAACCCCAACGGCAUACGCACCAUACCACCACGUCGCCGCGGCUCCUACACUCUACCUUACACACCGGCCAGCAGUAGUCCGGUGAAGUCAGUUUCUACCUCACGUUAUCCUUCACCCUCAAGCACACCCUAUCACAGCGGUAACACCACCACCUACGCCAACAAAUUUAUGCUACAACAACAGGCUAACACACUAAGCACUGACGCCAAUAAUGGACAUUGUCAUAUUAUCACUAGCAGCGCUGAUAAAUCACGUAAGCGUCUCACCAUGAACAGCAGUGCCAACAGCAGUGCUGACGUCAGUCGCGAUCUGGAUUAUACGUUGCCGCCGAGCAAGAAGCAUCGCGGUAAGAAAUCAUCAAAGCACGGCCAUCACAGCAGUAGCAUAAGCAGUGCGAGCAGCACGCAGAGUGGCGCCAACGCUGCUGACGCUGUGCGUCGUCACUUUAGUCUCGACGAGAGCGCUGACACCAUUGAGAAGCGCAAUUUGCACAAUGAUAUGGAACGACAACGGCGCAUCGGGCUGAAAAAUCUAUUCGAAGAGCUAAAGAAACAGAUACCCAGCAUUAAGGAUAAAGAGCGUGCGCCCAAGGUGAAUAUACUACGCGAAGCGGCCAAGUUGUGUGAGUCUCUAACGCGCGAGAAUCAGCAAUUGUGUGAUACGAAAGAAGUGCUGAGAGAGCAGAUGCGUAAGCGUCAAGAGCAUUUGGCGCGCUUACGUAGCCUUUUGAGAGAUUGAUAGCCGUUCAUAGGUGUGCGGCAGACCAACGCGCAAUCGGAUGUUGGUGUUUGUGAGGAUGAGGAGGAGCAGGACACUGAAGGUGACGUGCAUGAUUCAACUAACGGUAAAAUCAACAAUGUUGGCGGAGGAGAGCAGGAGGCGGAGAAGUGAUGAUUGCGUGCGUGUGAAAGGGUGGGCGGCGGUGUCGCAAACAGAAGCGUAGCAGCGGUCAAAGGAAGGCGCGUAAGUCAGUCAGUCAGUCAGUCGGUCAGUGUUCCAUGAAGUAGUAGAGAUUGUGAAAAUUUUAAAUUACGUUGAAUUGUGUGCGUGCGGUGCGCGCUUGCCUUCUCGUAGUAGUUUGUUUGUAAAAUAUAACUAUUUUGAAUUUGCAUGCAAGCGAUUGGUGCCGCCGCCGCCGCCGCCGCCGCUGUCGUCGAGUGUCUUUGUGCGCAGCAGCGCCGGCAAGAUAUCAAACGGCAGGCGUGCGGCUCGCGCGCUCUCUUGCUGAAAGUGUGCAGAAGUUGAAGUUGGGGUAGUUGAAAGUGUUAUUUGAGGAUAGUCCGUAUCAAAUGUGUUUAACAUUUAUAAAAUUAAAUGAUGAUAUGAAAUUUUAGACCUUUAACUGUAAAAAAGCUACUAAACAUGCUACUAUUAAAACUAUUUACUAUAAACUAAUUGAUUGAUUUUGUUAAAAUGUAGACGAUAAGUUAAACAAUUUGAAACAUUGAAAACUGAAGCAAAAUACAACUACUUGUAUUGGAAGAAUUAGUAUAUUUAGACGCUGAAAAGAAAAAAAACAACUUUCUUCUAGUAACUUUUAAAAUUGUUUUUUUUUUCGUAACUUUUUAUGUGUAAAUACUUAUAUACAUACAUUUAUAUACCUAUGUAUUUAAAAUCAAGUUUUAGAGCGGUUGGGGGAGUUACAUAUUUCGAUCGGCAAAGAGGACAUUUGUUUAUAAAAUUUCAUGCGAUUGCGUUGUCCUCUUUUUCUUUAUUACCUUAGCAAACGAAAAGCUCCGCCCUUUCGCGGCUUUAAGCAUUGCUUGCAAAAAGUUUAAUUUUGCUUCGAUUGCAAUGCCUAGUGAUUAGUGUUUUUAUAUAUACCUAAUUAUAUUUUAUUAAAAUUACUAUAUAUACUUACAUUUGUAUAUUUGAAAUUUUUGUGAUAUCAUUUUUCUUAACCAAAACAAAAACAAACAACUUAAAGUUAGAGAGAAGAAAAACAAAAACGAUAACAACAAGAAACUAAUGUGACAUGAAUUUGAGUAAUGUUAAUGAAUUGAAUCAAGAAAAAAAAAACCUAACUGGACAAAACAAAUAUGUACCCCAAGAACCAGAACGAAGCAAUGAAGAAGUUGAUUACAUAUGUACAACUAAACUUUAUACCUAAGAAACAAAUAAAAAGUCAAAAAUAGAGAAUCGCAACGAAUGCGGCUUAGAAGCGGAUAAAACAAAAAAUCUAUAUUUAUGAAAUUUCAUAAAGCGUUUGAUGAGCAUAACGGGCAACAACAACAACAACAACAAAAACAAAGCGUACAUUUACCACAUUAAUAAGGAACGAAUAUAGCGGCGGCAUCUUAAGUGGGCAGCGGCGUUAGCGAGCGCUUGCAACUCCAGCGUUGCUGCGGCCACGCCCCGUUAAAAACUUCAUUUACUUGAGUAAUGAAGAAAUGAAUUUGAGGUUACAGGCUUAUUUAGUAGUAACACAAAACUAAUUCAUUGUAAAAUGCAUACAUACACAUACAUACAUAAGUAUGUAUGAAAGAAGCGUAUAUGAGCUAUAAAAAAAA